GCCGCCAUUUUGUAAGGAUAUAAGAAAUACUAGCAGGUCUACCUCCCAUCUACGACAACCUGUAGUUUUGUUAGUGCCAUGGACGGCCGUUUAGAGACUGAUCUGUAUCCUCUGGGAUCCAGUUACGUCACUGAAAUAGACAGUGUCCAUGAUAUAACGGUCGGCACAAAGAGGGGAUCUGACGAACUCUUUUCCUCCUGCAUAUCUAACGGACCUUAUAUAAUGAGCUCUGGAGCAGCAAAUGGUAAUGACAGCAAGAAGUUCAAAGGGGACAUCAGGAGCCCAGGCAUUCCUUCACGAGUCAUUCAUGUACGCAAACUGCCAAAUGACAUAAAUGAAGCAGAAGUUAUUUCUUUGGGGCUUCCCUUUGGCAAAGUGACCAACCUUCUGAUGCUAAAAGGAAAGAACCAGGCCUUCCUGGAGAUGAACACUGAGGAGUCAGCACAGACUAUGGUCAGCUACUACUCCUCCGUCACCCCUGUCAUCCGCAACCAUCCCAUCUACAUGCAGUAUUCCAAUCACAAGGAGCUGAAGACUGACAACUCACCCAACCAAGUUGGCAAUUACUCAAUAUAAAUGGAUCUUUUGAGACUGAUNAAUGCGGUACAGACAGGAAGCAUGUCUUUGAGCACUGUUGAUGGAGCAGGCAUGGGCAGCCAAAGCCCUGUUCUGAGAGUCAUUGUUGAAAAUCUUUUCUACCCAGUUACUCUUGAUGUUCUUCACCAGAUCUUCUCAAAGUUUGGCACCGUUUUGAAGAUUAUAACCUUUACCAAAAACAACCAGUUCCAAGCACUGGUCCAGUACUCAGAUGGAAUGACUGCUCAGCAUGCAAAACUGUCUUUAGAUGGGCAGAACAUCUACAAUGCUUGCUGUACCCUUCGCAUCAGUUUCUCUAAGCUCACCAGCUUGAAUGUUAAGUAUAACAACGAUAAGAGCAGAGACUACACUCGCCCUGACUUGCCUACCGGAGACAGUCAACCCUCCCUCAAUGCACAGACGAUGGCUGCAGCUGCCUUGACUGCUCCUGGUAUUAUCUCUGCAUCACCAUAUGCUGGGGCUCAUGGUUUCCCACCAACAUUUGCCAUUCAGCAGGCAGCAGGUCUGUCUCUGCAGGGUGUGCCUGCUGGGGCUCUUGCAUCGCUCGGUGUCCCCGGUGCAGCGGCGGCGGCUGCGGCGGCAGCUGCAGCAGGACGCCUGAGUCUUUCUGGUCUCGCUGCUGGUGGGAACAGUGUCCUGCUGGUCAGCAACCUUAACCCAGAGAGCAUAUCACCACACGGGCUCUUCAUCUUAUUCGGAGUGUACGGAGAUGUUCACCGAGUCAAGAUCCUGUUCAACAAGAAAGAGAAUGCCUUAAUACAGAUGGCAGACGCCACGCAAGCCCAGCUCGCGAUGAGCCAUUUGAACGGUCAGCGUCUGUAUGGUAAGGUGAUCCGUGUGACCAUCUCGAAGCACCAGACGGUGCAGCUCCCCAGAGAGGGUCAGGAGGACCAGGGCCUGACCAAAGACUUCAGCGGGAGCCCGUUGCACCGCUUCAAAAAGCCCGGCUCCAAGAACUUCCAGAACAUCUUCCCUCCCUCCGCCACCCUGCACCUCUCAAAUAUCCCUCCCUCCACUACGGAUGACUUUCUGAAAGAUCUGUUUGCCAGCUCUGGAUACACAGUCAAGGCCUUCAAGUUUUUCCAGUGAGUUCUCAUCACAUUUGUUUUUGUUCUCAGCCUUCAUUUAUCUGAUUUUAGUGACUGUUUGCUCACAUGGGGAAGA